AAUUUGACUGACGUCAAUUCCACAUUUUGCUGUAAUGCAAGGAGUAUAUACAGACUUGCAUUCGGAUUUCAAUACAUUCACCGAAACAAAAAUGAUUUCAGUAGAGGAAAAGCUUACUUUCAAAACGUUAUCUUCUGACAUCCAGUAUAGUAUUAAUAAGGAAGCCACUGUAGGAGAAAUAAGGCAAUCAGUUGCCUCGAAACUUGGGACGAAAUACUGGUUAAUAGAUAUCGUUAACAUAGAUAACUUCUUUGUCUAUGAUUCGGAGACAACAAGUGAUGUCCUGCACGAUCCAUUCUAUGUCAUGAUGUGGGCGGAGAGUCGUCCUAUUUCUGGAUGCCCUACAACAACAAAACCUGACAUUAUCUGGGAAUUUGAAUCAGAUCCCAGACUGGAACUUUCGUGUGGCCAUGCAAUAACACCAGACAAUUUGUACGGACUUGUGCGUGAGAAGAUUCUCCAAAACGAAUACAUUCUAAGGUGCCCGGCUAAAACAGAUUUUGGCAACUGCAAUCAGAAUUGGGAUAAUCAAGAAAUCUUGAAGAAAUGCAUGCUAACCCUUGACGAACAUAUAUUUUUUAGUGCAAAGCUUUCCUUUAAUUUUUUGAAUAAGCGGAAUAGUGAUGAUAUAAAAACAUGUCCCAGGUGCAGCACUUAUUGUGAGAAAAUAAAAAGCUGUGAAUCUCACGUCAAAUGUUGGAAGUGUACAAACGAUUUAUAUUACACUUAUAAGUUUUGUUGGUAUUGCACGGAAGAAUGGUCACCAGGUCACGAAUGCGCUUUGUCCAACGAGCAUGGCAACAAUAUAGAAAUUUCCCGACAGCUACGACAUUGCCCAAGAAUUACCCUUGACUAUUCCAAUAUGGGUGGAGUGCCUUCAAAACGUCUCUGUCCACAUUGCAAAACUUUGCUACAGCAUGAUCAAGCAUGUAAAUCAAUGUUGUGUACGUUCUGUAAAACUGAGUUUUGUUUUGCAUGUUUGAAAGUCGCCAGGGAUGGAAAACUUCCCUGUGGCGAAUUUGAUGGACAAUGUAUUGUAGCACCUAUUCAAUCUACGACAUAUUUUUUUGAAUUUUGAUUCUCAAAGAUAAAUCUUUUACGGAGGUGGUAUCAGUCACGAACACAAUUAAAUAGCGAUCGCUACGAUUGUAAUAACGAAAUGGUAAAUAUCGAUGGCAUGAGAAAACUCUGACCUCUUACAUUUGAGUAUUUGAAUAAAUGGGAAAAUGUGA